AUGGUCUUCGACUGCUACGACUAUAGCGAGGAGCAAAAAGUGAAGGUUGCCACCGUCGAGUUCACCGACUACGCACUAGUCUGGUGGGACCAAGUGAGGACCACGAGGAGGAGGAUGGGAGAACCACGUGUCCGGACUUGGCGAGAACUCAAGGCACUAAUGCGCAAGCGAUUUGUUCCUAGCUACUACAAUCGUGAUCUCCACUCUAAGCUUCAAACACUCACGCAAGGCAACAUGAGUGUGGAGGAUUACCACAAGGAAAUCGAGAUGGCCAUGAUGAGGGCCAACAUUCAAGAAGACAACGAAGCCACAAUGGCUAGGUUUCUUAGGGGUCUCAAUCCUGACCUUCAGGAUGCCUUGGAGCUUCAACAUUAUUUGGACAUGCACGACCUUCUAGAACUCGCCAUUAAGGCCGAACGGGGGAAGAAAUUAAGACGGGGAGCCCAUGUUGCUGAGCUCGACAAGGCUUUGCCCUCGAGCAUAGUUGCUAUUUUGCAGGAAUUUGAAGAUGUUUUUCCUGACGAGGUCCCUGACGUCCUCAUGCAAGACAAGAGGCCGUGCGCCUUCUUUAGCGAGAAAUUGGGAGGAGCUGCACUGAACUACCCCACGUACGACAAGGAGCUGUACGCCUUAGUGAGGGCCUUGGAAACCUGGCAACACUACCUUCGGCCUCGGGAGUUCGUGAUCCACACUGAUCACGAGUCAUUGAAGUACCUCAAAGGCCAACCCAAGCUAAGCAAGCGCCAUGCCAAAUGGGUAAGCUUCAUUGACACCUUCUCCUAUGUGAUUAAGUACAAGACUGGCAAGACGAAUGUGGUCGCUGAUGCUUUGUCACGUAGACACUCCUUACUUGUCUGUCUUGAUGCCAAGUUACUUGGGUUCGAAAUGGUGAAAGACCUCUACACUAAUGAUCAUGACUUUGGUGCUAUCUAUGCUGUGUGUGUUAAGAAUCCACAGGGAAA